CUCCGUAGGUAUCAGUUGUUGUGUAGGCUCCAAACAAAACAGACAUUCACUGCAAUUCUCUUCAAAAUUUCCCUAAAUUUUACACAAAAAUGGCUAAAAUAAAAGCUGGACCAGUUGUAGAGAUACAAGGAGAUGAAAUGACCAGGAUAAUUUGGGAUUUGAUUAAAGAAAAGCUGAUUUUACCCUAUGUUGAUGUUGAUCUCAAGUUGUUCGACCUGAGUAUUCAGAACCGUGAUGCCACUGAUGACCAAAUUACUGUGCAAGCUGCUGAAGCCAUCAAAAAGUAUCAUGUAGGAAUCAAGUGUGCGACAAUCACACCAGAUGAAAAAAGAUUGGAAGAGUUCAAACUGAAGAAGAUGUGGAAGUCUCCCAACGGAACUAUUAGGAACAUUCUUGGUGGAACUGUAUUUAGAGAAGCCAUCAUAUGUAAGAAUAUUCCACGCCUUGUUACUCCCUGGACAAAACCUAUUAUUAUCGGCCGUCAUGCUCAUGCCGAUCAGUACAAAGCAACAGACUUUGUUGUUCCUGGUCCUGGUAAAGCAACCAUGACGUACACACCAGAAGAUGGUAGUAAACCUGUGGAAUAUGUCGUACAUGAUUUUAAAAAUGGUGGAGGGGUGUUGAUGGGCAUGUUCAAUACUGAUGAGUCAAUCCGUGCAUUUGCACACAGCUCUUUUAAUUAUGCUUUAGACAAGAAGUAUCCUCUAUAUAUGAGCACUAAAAAUACUAUCUUAAAGAAGUAUGAUGGACGAUUUAAAGACAUAUUUGAAGAAAUAUAUCAAGCGGAAUACAAGAAAAUGUUUGAAGCAGCUAACAUUUGGUAUGAGCAUCGUCUGAUUGAUGACAUGGUAGCAUUCGCCAUGAAAAAUGAAGGUGGAUUUAUUUGGGCUUGUAAGAAUUAUGAUGGUGAUGUGCAGUCUGACUCUGUCGCUCAAGGCUUUGGAUCUCUUGGUAUGAUGACCAGUGUACUAGUUUGUCCUGACGGCAAGACAGUUGAAGCAGAGGCAGCACAUGGUACAGUUACUCGUCACUAUAGGAUGCACCAACAAGGCAAAGAGACAUCAACCAACCCUGUUGCUUCAAUCUUUGCCUGGACCAGAGGAUUGAUGCAUCGAGCCAAACUAGAUGAAAACCCAAAGCUCCUCAAAUUCUGUCAAAACGUAGAAGAAGUUUGCAUCAGUACAAUAGAAUCUGGCUCCAUGACCAAGGAUUUAGCAGGCUGUAUCAAAGGACUGCCGAACAUUGUCAGGUCUGACUACCUGAACACUUUUGAAUUCCUGGACAAGAUUGCAGAAAACCUUGCCGUAAAAUGUAAAGAGACUUUGUGACUAGAGCCUUCUUGUAGCAAAAGUCACUUGUAGGUUGAUAGACUAUUGAAGUGUUGACAUCACAAAAUGUUUUCUUAAGAACUUUAGGAUUUCGGUGACAUUUUUAGCAAUUUAAUGCAAAAAUAUGAUUUAGAGUAGAAUUUGAGAGUAAUAGAGUGAAAAAAGCUGAGAUAUAGGUAAUUUAGUACAAAAAUAUAACCAUAUGUUUUCUCUUUUUUGGUGCUGGAUCUCACAUAAUAGACCUCUUCGACUCUGACGUAAUGUUUUCCCAUUUCAGACCACGUGUCAUUCCCUAGAGUAUC